AUGGCCGCCUCAUCCGCCGCUGCCGCCCCCGUCCCCGCCCCCUCCACUGCCACCGCCACCGCCACCGCCAUGACGCAGGAGGAUUAUUCGCGUUUCAAGCUGGUGUACAUCUUGAUGGGUCCUGGAACAGCCGUGCUCUGUCACGCCCUGAAAUGCGGCACAAACAAGGCCCCCUCCACCACCCUCCUGGACCACCUCAACAGCCUCCAAGACUCCUCGACGGCCAACUACUGUUCACUCAACGAUAAGACGAAGAAGAAAAUCUUUACCAAGGAUGAGGAGAGGAAAAUCAGUAAUGAUCCCUCGUGCCAGAGCUUUGACAUAACACUGCUGUACAAGAGCAUAACACUGGCCUGUGAAGGUGUGGCAGAUCUCAACGAUGCACGCUGGCAGGAUCCAUCAGUGAUGGAGGGCUCUUACAUAAGAUCAAAGAGGAAAGAAACGCCUGUGUCCACGAAUGGUCUCAGAUAA